GCCGAGAGGGGAGCGUAAAAGGGGACCUUGCCUGCGUCUGUCAUCCUACCCCUUGGCGAUCUAUUUAAAGCAAGAGGCCUUGUUGAAUUUUGUCUCCACCUAUUUAUGAAUCUCUUGGACUUGGCAAGGGGGUCUGCGGAGCAUUAACUCCCAGCUUUGGAACAAUUGGAAGCCGGGGGAAGCCGCUCCGUUGCAGCACUGCGGCCGGCCUCUUUGCUCAGGCUGGGCUCGGUGAACCCCCGGGCCGGGCAGAGGAGAGCAUGACGCCCUCCCAGGCGCUCCUGGUUUGCUCUUCCUUGGCGCUGCUGCUCCGGCCCGGCUGCUUCCAGCCCUACCUUCGGCUCCGGCCUUCGCCUAGCGACCACCUGCCCGUCAAGGAUAUCAUUGAGCAUCCGGAUCCAGAGUAUGACCCCAAGGAGCAAGACUUGGACGACCGGACUUUGCGCAAGAAACUGGGGAGCCAUUUCGACCCCAACUUCAUGUCGGUGGCCGCGCCGGCUCAGGGGAAUCUCUCCAGCUUGGAGCCUUUGCACAGGUUCAAGGGACAGGGACCUCUGCCCGGGGUGCUGAAGAAGCUGGACCUGGGCGAGACGCCCUAUAGGACCAAGGUCAAGAUGGGCAAGAAAGCCCGCCGGAAAUUUCUCCAGUGGCUUUGGGCGUAUUCCUACUGCCCGGUGAUGUAUACUUGGAAGGACCUGGGCAGCCGAUUUUGGCCUCGGUACAUCAAGGAAGGGAACUGCUUGGCCGAGCGGUCCUGUUCCUUCCCCGAGGGCAUGUCCUGCAAGCCUAUCAAAUCGGUCACCAAGACUUUCCUGCGGUGGUACUGCCAAGGGUGGUCCAGGCAGAAAUACUGCACGUGGAUCCCCGUUCAGUAUCCAGUGAUUUCAGAGUGCAAAUGCUCCUGUUAAUUAUGGGG